AUGGCGGACGAAGAACUGGACCCCAGCUUGCAGGCCAUCGUCGACCAAAAGUCGCUGAAAUGGAUAUUCGUGGGCGGCAAGGGCGGUGUGGGCAAGACGACAACAUCAUGCUCGUUGGCGGUGCAAAUGGCCCGCGCCCGCAAGAGCGUCCUACUAAUCUCAACGGAUCCUGCGCAUAAUCUCUCGGAUGCCUUUGGCGUCAAAUUUGGCAAAGAUGCGCGGCCGGUGCCCGGUGUCGAGGGCCUAGCAGCGAUGGAGAUUGAUCCGAACGGCAGCAUCAACGACCUGAUCAAGGCAGGAGGUGAUGAUGCUGAGGAGGCUAUGGCGGGUUUGGGAGGCGUGGGUAGCAUGUUCCAGGACAUGGCUUUCUCCAUCCCCGGAGUGGACGAGGCGAUGAGUUUCGCCGAGGUGCUCAAGCAAGUCAAGGGCAUGGAAUACGAGCUCAUCAUCUUCGACACAGCACCAACUGGACACACCCUGCGGUUCUUGCAGUUCCCUACCGUGCUGGAGAAGGCACUGGGCAAGCUCAGCCAGCUCAGCCAACAAUUCGGACCCAUGAUUAACAAUUUGAUCGGAGCUCGUGGCGGACUUCCAAAUGGCCAGUCCUUUGACGACGUACUGAAGCGGAUGAACGAUCUGCAGGACACCAUCAGCGACGUGAACAAGCAGUUCAAGAACCCGGACCUCACGACAUUCGUGCCCGUGCUGAUUCCAGAAUUCUUGUCACUGUAUGAGACUGAGCGCAUGAUUCAAGAGCUUGGAACGUAUGAGAUUGAUACGCACGCCAUGGUUGUCAACCAGUUACUGUUCCCAAAGAAGGACAAUCCAUGCGAGCAGUGCAAUUCGAGACGGAAGAUGCAGAAGAAGUAUCUCGAGCAGAUCGAUGAUCUAUAUGGAGAGGACUUCCAUGUGGUCAAGAUGCCCCUGUUGGUGGAUGAGGUCAGGGGCGUGGAAAGCAUUUCCAAAUUCAGUGAGAUGCUUGUCAAGCCUUACGUCCCACCGGUCUAA